ACCUUAGACAUGUUGCUCCCCGGGACACCUCCUCCUGACGUCAGAGACCUGCUGCAGGACACACCUGGAGGAGGAAGAAGGUUCAGGUCGAGGAGUCCAGUCCACCACAAAGUGUCCAAGUCUCUCAGGGUCUCUCCGGGGACACGUGUCCUGUCCUCACCGUCCCGCUGGUCACUGAGGAUUUAAAGACCCUUGUCCCCGCGGCUGGGACGUUCGAGUCCUGCGGGACAUUCCGGUUUCUGUUAUAAAAACUAAGUGUGUAGCGCUGAAGACUUCCGGGUUUUCGGCGUCUCCUGUGGCAGCAGAAGACAGAACAGAGACAUGGACGAGGACAUCGAGCUGAACCAUCUGAACCACAGGGAGGCACAACUCGAUCCUGCUCAUCAACCACUCACAGGAAAUGGAGCCGGUUUGCUGUCAGGUCGUGCAGCAGAGGAUGAAAUGGACGUGGGAACUACUUACACUAAUGGAGAGAUUAGCAACAACGUCCGCAGGAUUAAGAGAGAGCUGAAGGAGAAUGUCAAACCGUGGAUGGUCAUUGCCGCCAUCAUUGUUCUCAUAGUAGCUGUGAUAAUUCUUUCAAUUGUGAUCUGCGCAGCGACUCAGGAGGACGUGGACGAGAAGUUCGACCGGUCGUCGUUUGAGAUUCCUCUGCGUUUCAACGGGAGCUUCCAGCUUCCUAAUAUGGUCUUCACUGAGGAGCUUUUCAUCCUCUCCUCCAAUGAAAGCCAAGCUCUGACAGCAGAGCUUCAAGAAAAGCUGGCUGACCUUUACACCUCCUCCCCUGCUCUGGGACGAUACUUCUCCAAAGCCGAGAUCUAUUCCUUACGGAACGGAUCCAUCAUCGCUGACUACGAGCUGACGUUCCUCCUGCCUGAAGAGCAGCAGGGUCAGCUGAGAAACUUCACCCUCAGCCGGGAGAUGGUUUACAACGUGUUCAGACAGUUUCUGUACGACCACGAGUCGGAGGAUUCUGCUCCCACCUACAUCGAUCCCCUUUCCUUGAACAUGUUUGGAAGACUGUGGUGACGGAAAAACAAACCUGCUCAGACAAACAUCACCGGAGAACCAGAGGAUCCGGUUUCCUGUGGGAUUGAAGUGGGACGGUUCACCGCCCACAGCUCUGUGGUUUUCGGGAGCGUGUGAUUUCUCAGACGUGCGUGUGACUUUUCCAACGAAUGUGUGGAAAUAUCGCAACGUUAAUCAUCUUCACAACAGGAAGCUACAUGACCACAGUCACACAAACUCACAGGGUCAUAUGAAUGAUCACAACUCCUGUAGACUUUGAAGAAUAUCAAUAAUGAAACCAAUCAACACUGCUGCAUUCAUAGAGUAAUAUAAAUACAUGCAAAGUGCCAGUUACAUCAUCAGGACUUUGUGUUUACAUGUUAUUACUGUGUGUUACUGUGCCUUGUUUAAGUGUAUUCAUCACAAGAGUAUUGGUAAAAAUAUCAGGGUUAUGAUCACUUUAAUUUAACGUGUGAUUAUAUUUGUACAUAAAUGUUUUACACAAAGUGUGUAAUCAUACAAGUGUUAA